UUUAAUCUCUCUCUCUCUCUCUCCAUCACCGAAACGUAGGCGGCGACUGGCAAACCUGUGGAGCCUGUCCGUCCUUUCAGCUCCCUCUCUCCCUGUCUGUCUGGUCUUAAGAUCACCACACACCCCGCUUGUGGAGUAGUUGUAGUUUGGAAACAAUAAAACCGGUUUUGCGUGCUCUUAUUUGUAAGGAAAUCUCAGCUGUCAUCCCGGAAGACUCAUCUUAUUGUCGCCUUGAGGAGAGUUGAAGCGAACAGCUGUGCGCGCGUGUCAUUUGGGAGCCAAUCAAGCAGCCAUGGAGUCGAUACGAAAGGGUUUCUCAAUGGCCAAGGAAGGGGUCGCGGCAGCGGCGGAGAAAACCAAGCAGGGAGUGACUGGAGCUGCUGAGAAGACGAAAGAUGGGGUUAUGUUUGUCGGUACUAAAACAAAGGAUGGAGUCACAACAGUUGCUGGUAAAACUGUCACUGGAGUAGCUCAGGUGGGCGAAGCUAUGGUUACCAGUGUAACCAGUGUGGCCCAGAAAACAGUGGAGAGUGCAGGCAACAUUGCUGCUGCAACUGGAUUGGUCAAGAAGGAUCCGGCUAAACAAGGCGAGGACCCAGCCGCAGCACAGAACCUGGCAGAGUCACCUGUUUGCACCGAUCCUGCUGAGAGUGCAGAGGACUCUGAUAACGGCCUGAACUGAACGGACCGAGGGCUUCACAAUCACCAACAGACACAUUCCACGUUGCCCUGCCAAGUCCCGUUGUGCCUCGUUAUCGUCCUUUUAUGGAGUCCGUGCCCCACAUAUGUGUGUGUGUAUUGUUAUGUAAGUUCAGCAGUGUGUGUAAAUGUAAAUAAAGAUGACUCUCUCUAGUGUGUUUGUGUGUGUGUGACUCAUCGACAUCAGCCCUAAAGGGGAUGUCAGGUGUGUGUCAUCUGUGACCAGCUGUCAUUUACAGUGUUUCCCUUCCACUGAGAAUGCCUCCUGGUCACUGUGAGGAUGUGUGUGAGUGUUUCUCAGUCUAAACGUGUGGCUAUGUCAAAAACUCAAACAUGGAAAUACACUUUACCACUUCAAACACCUAAGUGUCUCUAUAUCAAUGAACAGUGAUGUCUGAAAUGGAAGCAUAAUGAUAGUCUCUAUUUUUGUCUGUACAGUGUCACUGUUUUUGCGAUGGAUUUUAAAGUUGCUGAGCUUUUUGUGCAUUCAUAUUGUAUUUUUUAGGUUGUCGAUGCUAUUAAAGAUAUAAAACAUACUGAAUGGACUUUUAAUCCAAGAGCAUGUAAAGCAAUGCAGGUUCCCUGCUGUGAUAUGGAUUUAUUUGGAGUUACGUGUUCAAUAAAGUGUA